CACGGCUAGCUCGGUGGAGCGCUUUGAUCGCAUGGAUUUGUAAAGCCGAACAGUAAUAACGCGUGAAAACCAGAACAGUAGAUGUCGAUAGACCGACACACGAGGCGCGGCCAUGUUUUAUACAAUUCCCUUCCUGUGUAAGAUUAGUUGACGGUUUGACGCCGUUGACGGUAGUUAGCAUAGAGAAGCUAAGCUAAUGAGUCAUAUUGGCUUUCUCGCUGACAGUAUCCAUGAAUCCAUGACAACAAAUAGCACGUCUAGUCGCAGUUCUACAACCAUAUCUAACGUUAAAGGGAUAAAUGAAUAUCUUUGCGUUGCUCGUCUCCUUGAAUACGCACAACAACAAGUGGUUGUAACUGCGCAGCUGGAUGUAGUCUGCUCUGCGAUGAUGGUGUAGAGACUGAACAACUACAGCUGAGGUCCUUCUUCAGUUUGGUUUUCCUUAACACACGGGAUUCCCUCGUUAUCAGUUCACUUGACACGGGACAUCUGACAGCUGUCAUCAUGUCGGACCUGGACACACUCAUAGUCACCUUCCAGACUCAGCUGUCCGAUGUGAUGGAGACUGUGGUAAAGACAGCCAUGUAUGAGGUCACCAGGUUGGUGGAGGACGGCUUCUUGGAGGAGGUGAAGCGCAGGAACCAGGAGGUAGAGGCCCUGAGGAUGCAGCUGCAAUGGGCUGAGAGGAAAUUAAGUGACCUAGAGGGGAACGAAGGAGGAAGAACUGGGAAGUUUGUUGACUGUGCCAAAGACGAUGUUGAACUGUCCACUAAUGAUAUGGAAGAAAGACUUGAAGAACCGCAGGAUGAUGUAUCGAGGGGCUGUGGUGUGAAAGAAGAGGGUGACUCUGUUGAAAGAUGGACAAGAACCCCUAGCGGAGAAAUUAAAUCGGAGUCAACACAGGUGGCCGUUCUCAGCCCUGAAAGGGAAAAUCAGGUAAUGGAAAAAGAGGAUGUGAUGCCAGCUGUGGAUGUGAAGGAAGAAGAAGUAAAUAAGCUCUCAUGUUCUUCUGUGCAUGUGGGAGGGUGGAGCGUUAACCUUGAUGGUAAAACAGUUUCCCACAGUGCUAGUGAGAUGACAGAAGCACAUCCAAAACACACUCCAGAAACCAACGAAGGUGAGGAGUUAUUGAGGAAUGUAGACCCACAGAUAUCGACUGCAUAUGUCUUUCCUGAGGACCAGGAGGAGUCUCACAUGGCUAGCGAUUCAUCGUUCGAGAUGGACACCAGUUGGGCUGGCCUCACUCACACGACAGCUGGGUUGCUGCAUAAUCACAGACUUGGAACUGAUAAGGACUGCGAUGCAGCCAAAAUUCGGGGUUCUCUAAAGCAAACAGAACACGAGCUGUCAGACUCUCUUACAGCAGAUGUUCAAGUUCAGCUUACCCCAGGCAGAGAUCACAUUUCAUCCUCAGGACCCCGUAAGGCAAGUCUGCAAAAACGUGACCCAGUGAAUGUGUCUAUCAAGCAGGAGGUUGUUGACUCUGAUGGGUGUGAGAAUGGCCAAAACACGGAGAAGAAAGCAGGGACAAAGUCAGGGACAGCAUCUUUUUCAUGUUCGGUAAGGCGGCACAGGGUGGGUUCAGAAUCAUUCAAGCAGAACCACAAUUCCCAUAAAGCCACAGUGCAGGAGGUCAUGAAGCUGAAUUCUAAAAUGGGUACAGGUGUACGGUUGCAAGCUGCCAUACAGCACCUCCAUCGACCGAUGAAAAAGCUCCCUCACACGCUCUCUAACAGCACCGGCACAGCAUCGUCUGUAGCUCACUCUCAGGUCAUGAACUUAAAUCCCCUCAACAGAGUUCCCACCACAUCUAAAGCUCCGCCUCCCACGCUUUCAGUCCAGCGAGUACACCUGGGUGACAAACAAGCCACGGCGCUCAACCGAACUGGCGCCACGUGGGUCAGCAUCAAAACCCAUCAUCAGUCUGCUAACCCCUUAACCCUUCCAGAUUGUCACCCUAACCCUGGCCCUAGGCAUCCGCAGCGCUGCGGGCAUUGCGGAAAAUGCUUCCCCCACCCCAGCAACCUGAAGGCCCACCUGCAGACUCACACGGGGGAGCGACCUUUCUGCUGCUCCCUCUGUGGCCGUAGUUUCACAAAGCUCAGCAACCUCAAGGCCCACCGGCGGGUCCACACCGGAGAGAGACCCUACUGCUGCUUGGCUUGCGGCAAACGCUUCACCCAGAAAUGUAACUUGAAACGUCACCAGAGGAUCCACCUAGAUGUAUGAUAACGGACAGCCAGUGAUGAAAAGACAAGUUUGGUGUGCGUGUGUGUGUUUCUUUUACAUUAAAAUGCUACAGUGUCUGUCUCCUUUGCAGUGUAAUACAGUUGCCGUGAUGCAUUGCAAGGCUACUUCUUGUGUAUGUGUGUCUUGAAGUGAUUGUUCCAAAGUUUUUCUGUGCAUUCCAUGAAGGUUUAUAUACUAAUCAUUUUUAUCUGAAGGUGUUGUAGUGUUAUUAAAAGGAUGAAAAUCAGUUUGUUGUAAAUUCAUCAUGCACAAAACAGGUCAACUGUCACCACUGGUCAAUACAUGGCAAUUUAUUCUGUGAAUAUUCAAAUUCUUCCUUUACAUCCAUUACAGUGUGAGCACAAAAAGCACUUCUGCUUGACCGUGAUCAGGGCAUUGAAUUUGUUUGCAAUCACUUCCUAUCCACUUUCAUUUUCUGCUCCUGUCAUCCUGCUGCUCAAUUCUCCAGUCUGGUUUUUUUUGUGUUUCCAUCUCAGACAAUAUUAAUAUUAUUCUAUCCCUAUUUAUAUAUUAUAAAUAUAUUAGAUUGAUGUUAAUUUCAC